AUGCGCACGGCCAUAGCGUGUCAAUACUGUCGCAGGUCCAAGAUCAAGUGUCACCAUGAUGGCGUCGCUCCAUGUCGCGCGUGCACCAGUGCCCCCCGAACGGAUUGCCUUCUCAGUGGGCCCAUCAUCAAGAACAGGCUCCGCCAGGUCAACUCGGAGGAGGCCGACGGCGGCCCAGCUGGAGGCACGCCAGGAACACACGAUGCCUCCCCGGCCCGACCACCUGCACAUGCACCCCGACCCGCAAAGCGACCCAGGCUGGAGGGGCCUGGGAGCCCUGUGAGCCCUGUGCAGGACGGGUCGCUAGUCGUUUCCGCCAUCGCGUUGCCAAAUCUGCCUGCGCCUGCGUUGCUGCUCCAGGCUUCCAAUCUACUGCAGAGCCUCUUUCCUGAGUUUGGAUUCUUGCAUCGCCCGUCGUUUACUGACGAGCUUCUGGAAGGCCGCGUGGAGCCCAUGAGGCUGCAUGCAAUCCUUUCCGUGACCGCUCGAUUCGUGCCCACACUGGUCUCUCAGCAUGGAGGGCCUGAAGCCGCAGGUGGCUUCUAUGCCGCGAGGGCUGAGACUGCCGUCAUGCUUCGCGUCCUCGACAGUCCAGAUGUUGGAACUAUUCAAUCAUUGUUAUUGGUUGCUCUCCAUCAUUGGGGUGCUUGCAAUGGCUCUCGCGCGUGGAUGCUGGCUGGUAUAGCCGUCAGAAUGACGCAAGCCAUGAUGCCCAAAUUAGAUGAGCCCAACAAACUCAGGGACGCGUCUCCUGGUGGUGCUGGAAGCAAUGCCGCGCACCGUACCUCGCAAGAGUGCAUCCGCCGCACCAUAUGGGCUGCCUCUGUCGUCGAUUGCCUCUUGAGCGGUGGCAAGCAUCGACCGCAGAGUUUUCAGGCCGCCAGGCUCGAUCUAUCCAUGCCGGUUGGCGAAGACGAUUUUGCCUUCCAGACCGAGCCUGACAAGCCUCCGCCGCACCUGCUGCGUUUGGCGCUGAGCACAUCUGAGGAGAUGACAGUGGCUCGGAAACGUGACGACUGUGAUAAUAGCCUACUUCUCAUCAUCAAGGGUAUGGAUAUCUGGUCGACGCUCUCUUCUUGGAUAUGCGCCGGCGGCCGCCAACUGGAGCCAGUUGACGCUCAAAGCUCACCAUGGAAUGAAGGGAGCUUCUGGAGUAGAAUGAAGAAGGCAUUGGAUCGCUGGUAUUCAUCCAUGUCUGACAAGCUCCACUACUCUCCAAGUGGCAACAACCUACAAGCCCAUAUUGCCCACGGCCAGGGACAGCAAUUCGUCUUCGUCAACCUCAUUUUCCAUCUCAACCAACUAUUCCUCCACCGCGAGUACAUUCCUUUCUUGCCGCACAGGUGCGCAUCCCCGGUAGGGCCGAUCGAUCCUCCUCUACUCGUUGAUCAGCCCCCUGACGGUUGGUGGGUUGCGAAUUCCAACAUACUCUUCCAGUCGGCCACAUGCAUCGUCGAUCUUCUAAGAGCGGCAUCCAAACGCGGCGUUGAACUCAGGACCGUAUUCGUUGCAUUCUGCAUGUAUUCUGCCGCUUCCACACUUCUCUAUGCGCAGGCUUGGCCAUACAUGGCACCGAAUACAGAAAUGCGGCAAGAGGAUCUGCGCUGGGCUAUGGAUUGGUUAGAAGAUACAGGUACACUUUGGAAGAUCGUCCAAGGAUGGAAGCAAACGCUGUCCACGGUUUCGGCCAUCUACGAAAGUGUCAAGGCCGAUGCAUCGCGGUUCCCGCACCUCGGUAGGCACGGGCUAGAAGAUCUGGAGGAUCGCAUAAACCGAUUUGCUGAGAUACCGCCUUCCGGGACCGACGCAGAUAGCACUACGCCAGGAGGUGAACACGCGGCGGCAACACUGUUGGACCUUUCUCGGCACAGUCGACCACUGGACGCCGUGGACGGGAGGGCGCUACGCCGUACCGGAGGUGAACUUAACGGACGGCAAUGGCCUGGCUCAGAAGGUCAACAUCACGAAUAUGGCUUCGAUGACUAUGACACAAACGCUUCCCUUGACCCUGACCUGCUCGCUUCGAUCAUGGACGGGUCAAUGGCUGACAUGUUGCAAAUACCCUUGGGUGAUUACUGA